AUGGUUGUCGAUCACUACAUAGUUCUAGGUUUACCUUCUGGAGAAGAAGCUCUAAAGCUUAGCGAGGAAGAGAUUAGAAAAGCAUACAGGUUAAAAGCUUUGGACUUGCAUCCAGAUAAACGACCAGAUGAUCCUCAUGCACAUGAGAAAUUUCGGAGGCUUAAGACAUCUUACGAUGUUCUCAAACACGAAAAAACCAGGAAGCUGUUUGAUGAUUCCCUUCUUAGAAUGAAGCAUGAAAAACAACACAAGAUAGAUUCUAAGAGGCGUAAGAUGGUGUCGGAUUUGAAGAAAAGAAAACGCUCUGCUUUUACUCCUAGCGACGAGAGACUCUUAAGGAGGUUUGUGGAGGAAGUAGAGAAGAGAGUUAUAGUAAAUCUCGAUUGUCAUCUUCUAGACUGGACUACCGGGAUUCUCGGUGAAUCUCUAGAUUGGGAUUUAUCUUCCCGUAACAGUACUUCUUCAGAGAGCACAACAAACCAAUCCUGUACCGUAGAGCAACAUAGUAGGUGCUGA